UUCCUUUCCUGGUCGAAGGUCCCCGGGAAUACCAUUCCCGAGUGUAAGCUCUCAGAAUGGCAGAUGAGAAUUCUUACCUCUUGGGAAUGGGAGAACAUCAGGUAUAUGCAAUGGACCAUUUCCCCUUGGGGAUGAAUCAGCUGUACAAUAACACAAGCAUGAUUUCAACUGAUCUGCCACUUCGCACAACUGAUGGGCCAUAUCUUCAAAUAGUUGAACAACCUAAACAGAGAGGCUUUCGUUUCCGCUAUGUUUGUGAAGGACCAUCCCAUGGUGGACUUCCUGGAGCUUCUAGUGAAAAGAACAAAAAGUCUUAUCCACAAGUCAAAAUCUGCAAUUAUGUUGGACCUGCAAAAGUAAUAGUGCAGUUAGUCACAAAUGGAAAACACGUCCACUUGCAUGCUCACAGCUUGGUAGGAAAACAUUGUGAGCAGGGGGUAUGCACAGUAAAUGCAGGACCAAAGGACAUGGUAGUGGGAUUUCCUAACCUGGGAAUAUUACAUGUUACAAAGAAAAAAGUAUUAGAAACACUGGAAACCCGCAUGAUUGAUGCGUGUAGAAAAGGGUACAAUCCAGGACUCCUCGUUCACCCCGACCUCAAUUAUAUACAAGUAGAAGGUGGAGGGGAGAGGCAGCUAACAGAACGAGAACGCGAAAUCAUUCGUCAGGCAGCACAUCAACAAACUAAGGAGAUGGAUCUCAGUGUUGUUCGGCUCAUGUUCACUGCAUUUCUUCCUGAUAGCACUGGUAGCUUUACAAGAAGACUUCAGCCUGUCUUGUCUGACCCUAUAUAUGACAGCAAAGCUCCAAAUGCAUCCAAUUUAAAAAUUGUACGGAUGGAUCGGACUGCAGGCUGUGUAACAGGGGGAGAAGAAGUUUACCUCCUUUGUGACAAGGUCCAGAAAGAUGAUAUUCAAAUCCGUUUUUAUGAAGAAGAUGAAAGUGGUGGUGUCUGGGAAGGUUUUGGAGACUUUUCGCCUACUGAUGUGCACAGACAGUUUGCAAUAGUAUUCAAAACACCGAAGUAUCGAGAUGUCAACAUUACGAAAGCAGCAUCUGUUUUUGUUCAAUUACGACGAAAAUCAGAUCUAGAGACCAGUGAACCAAAGCCUUUUCUGUACUAUCCUGAAAUCAAAGAUAAAGAAGAAGUACUAAGAAAACGACAGAAGCUCAUGCCGAAUUUCUCCGAUAGCUUUGGUGGAAGUGGCGCAGGUGCUGCAGGAGGUGGAAUGUACGGAGGAGUAGGAGGAGGAGGCGGUGGCAGUGCUGGAUCAGGAUAUGGGUACCCACCAUAUGGGUUUUCCAGUUAUGGCGCAAUGCAUUUCCAUUCCAGCACAAACAAAAGUGGUGCAGGAAUGAAACACGAAGUCUCAAAUAGCAUGCCCAAAGGGGAGAACGAAAUGUGCUGUAACAAAAAACACAACAAGAAAGUAAAGGAAAAAGUAGAGAUUGAAGAUAAAAGUGAAACCAGCACCGACUCGGUUUCUGGGAUGGAAGAAGAUGCUGGUACUAACAUUCAUUUACAAGAUGCCUUCUUUUUGGAAAAAGCCAUGGAACUUGCUAAGCGACACGCUAAUGCCCUUUUUGACUAUGCAGUCACAGGAGAUGUAAAGAUGCUCCUGGCAGUACAGCGCCACCUUACAGCUGUUCAGGAUGAAAAUGGUGAUAAUGUCCUCCACUUGGCAAUUAUUCACCUUCACACGGAACUGGUGAAGAACCUUUUAGAAGUAAUAGCAAAUAUGAAUGCUGCUGAUGUUCUCAAUGUGAGAAAUGAUCUUUACCAGACUCCUUUACACUUGGCUGUUAUAACAAGGCAAGCGAGAAUUGUGAAAGCCUUGCUUGGAGCUGGGGCCGACGUGAACCUCUUGGAUCGCCAUGGGAAUUCUGUCUUCCAUUUGGCAGCUCAGCAAGGAGAUGAGGCGGUUUUAAGUAUGUUGCUUCAGCACAAAGAGGCAUCUGUGAUGAGAGAUCUUCCUAAUGGGGACGGCCUGACAGUCCUUCACUUAGCUGUUACUGCAAACAGUAUGCCGUGUCUCAGACAACUCCUUGCUGUUGGUAUUGAUGUCAAUAUCCAGGAACAGAAAUCUGGAAGGACAGCUUUGCACUUGGCUGUUGAACAAGGAAAUAUUUCCAUGGCAGGUUGCCUUCUACUUGAGGGAGAUGCAUUUGUGGACAGCGUUACUUAUGAUGGAACCACUCCACUUCAUAUAGCAGCUGGAAGGGGAUCUACAAAAUUGGCAGCUCUUCUCAAAGCAGCAGGUGCAGAUCCCCACAUUGAAAACUUUGAGCCGUUAUUUGAAGAGGAAGAUGUGAAAGAUAAUGAAGGUGAAAAAAUUAUACCUGGGACAACGCCUCUGGAUAUGGCAACCAGUUGGCAGGUGUAUGAUAUUUUGAGUAACAAACUCUGUAAGUCAAAGGCAGCUUCUGAGGAUCUACUGAUUCGAGGCAAUAUGAAAGACCUGAAUGAGGAUGUUAAAUUACAGCUGUACAAAUUGCUUGAAGUUCCUGAUCUGAAUAAAAGCUGGUCCAUGUUGGCACAGAAGCUAGGUCUAGGGAUAUUAAACAAUACCUUUCGGUUGAGUCCUUCUCCAUCAAAAACUCUACUGGAUAAUUAUGAGGUUUCUGGUGGAACAGUAAGAGAAUUGAUUGAUGCCCUCAGAGAAAUGGAUUAUCCAGAGGCUGUUGAAUUAAUUGAGAAAAGAACUACUUCGUCUAGCCAGGAAAAAACCAAAGAUGAUGUUCUUCCGUUUUGUGAUUUACCUUCUCCUGGGACAGAACAAGCAGAUGAAAUGUGUAAUUUCAAAUUCCAGGAUGCUGAAAGCAUUUGUGACAGUGGCGUAGAGAUCUCUCUUCACAAACUUAGCUUUACAUAUUCUGAUUCUUUUACCAACAAGACAUCAAUAAAUCUUAAGAAAAAGGCUUCAGGCUAUGGACAGGACACCUCAUUACAAGGUAAAAUUGAAGUAACUUAAAUAUGGUAUGGCUAUGAAGAUUCUUUCCAGAGAAAAGAGAACUGUUAAUGAUCCAAAGUUCACCAGAAGAAAAAGCUCUUUGAAAUGUUUAUCCACUGGACUUUUCAACAAACUCAGACUAGAUCCCAGUAAACUGGAAGACUCAGGAAAAGGAUUGACUGGCACUUAUUUUUUCCCAGAAGGAUCAUUGGUAAAGAAAAUGAACCAUUCUCUUCAGUCUCAGUGAAAGUUAUGUAACAGACUCUAAUUGUGGUCCAAAGCUGUGAAGCACAAAAUCACAAAAUAAUAAUCAGGAUUCUUAAUUGCAAAAUAUAAUGUAAAUGUAUUUAAAACUUCAUCUGGUGUCUAUAAAAUAAUGCAAGCUUCCAAGGGCUUGCCAUUGUUUUACCUUUUUAUAUUGUAAAUAUUUCAGUUUAGAUAAAUUGCCA